AUGGUUAAGACUAAGACAACUCCCGUCAAACAGUGCCCUAUGUGUUCCUUCCGUGCCAACAACAUGGAUGACAUGAGGAAGCAUAUCCUGGAGUGUGGCCUAGAGACAAUGGAAAGGAAGACUCUCACGUGCCCUGAUUGCAGCUACAAAACUUUCCGUGCUGCUAAUAUGAAUCGGCACCGUAAACGUCAUACUGACAACGACAGGAGUGCUCCCAAGGCUGUGGAACAGAGUUUGGAGGAAAACCGGCCUUCAACGUCAUCCCAAGCUCCCGCUGUACAAACUGAUGUAGAGAGCUGGAAGGCGCAGGAUCCUGGUGACCUCCUGGGGGAGAUAUCGGAAUCUUCUGAGGGUAAUGGCUUGUCUUCUGAAGAUGAGGGAGACAGUCUUCUGGUCGGGCGUACUAUCAGAAGACCAACGCGACCAGAACCAGUUCGAGCCCCAAAGAGGAAGUCAGAAACUGCAACUUUAGUCAAGCCCCAUCCGAAGGAUCCUAUCAACAUGGUUCCAAUGCCAGUGGUAAGCACUGCCCCAAGUGCAAAGAAAACAUGCAACUACGUUAAUGUUGCCACUCAGACAGAGCAAGAGCCGCCUGCUAGCCGAAGGACUGUAACGAAGACUACCCGGUAUUCAGAGGGAGGACGGGACAUCCAGAUAGUCGAGUUUUUCGAGUUCUUUGAGCAGGAGAACCUCAAUCGCUUUUCCUAA